AAAAAAAACAGUUUUUAUAAAAUGUUCGGAAUGUUAGCAUUGGUGGCAGCUGAAAAUAAUAGUCACACAAAUGAAAAAAUAAAAAGACGGGUUUUAAGAGAUUGCAGCAAUCCGUUAGAUUUGAAUGAGUCGACGGUGAACAAAGAUGCUUUUUGCAUGCUGGUAAAAGUCGUAACACCGCACGUUAAGUUAUCAUCCAUACCAAGUUCUAUUCAGUUGGCCUGCACAUUGCGUUUUUUAGCGGAAGGGGGCUUUCAAAAAGCGGUAGGCAUCGACAAGCAAAUAGCUUUGGGUAGGAGCACUGUUGGAAAAAUUUUGACAAAUGUUAUCGCAAUUUUGGAAAGGCGCAUCUGCCCAUCAUGGAUAAAAUUAGAAAUGUCGGACGCUGAGCGGAGUGCGUCUAAGCGCCACUUUAUGCAAAAAUUCGGGAUUCCGGGUGUGGUAGGUUGUGUGGACGGAACACAUAUUGUAAGGACGGAAUUUUUACAUUAA